CAACGUCUCGUUCACUCUGCUGCCAUUUUAGCGCGCGGCGAGGGGCGAGUGCACACAAAUAAACAAUGCUGCAAUAGUCACCUUCUGCGCUUAGUUUAUUUGUGAUAGUAAAGCAUUCGACGGUUGUUGACUCGGAUAGCCCUCAUAGUCCAUCAUGUCCACCGAAACUCCAUCGGACCAGGCGGCGGAGUACAUCCCAGAGAAGGUGAAGAAAGCAGAGAAGAAGUUGGAAGAAAAUCCAUAUGACCUGGACGCUUGGAGCAUACUGAUUCGUGAAGCACAGAAUCAACCCAUAGACAAAGCAAAGAAGACGUAUGAGCGACUUGUCGCCCAGUUUCCCAGUUCGGGCAGAUUCUGGAAGCUAUACAUUGAAGCUGAGAUAAAGGCUAAAAACUUUGACAAGGUUGAGAAGUUAUUUCAGAGGUGCUUAAUGAAGGUCCUGCACAUUGACCUGUGGAAGUGCUACCUCUCAUAUGUACGGGAAACCAAAGGAAAACUGCCCAGCUAUAAGGAAAAGAUGGCACAGGCUUAUGAUUUUGCGUUGGAUAAGAUUGGGAUGGAGAUUAUGUCCUAUCAGAUUUGGGUGGAUUACAUCAAUUUCCUGAAGGGAGUAGAGGCCGUGGGGUCAUACGCAGAGAACCAGCGCAUCACAGCCGUCAGACGCGUGUAUCAGAGAGGCUGCGUCAACCCCAUGAUUAACAUCGAGCAGCUCUGGAGGGACUACAGCAAGUAUGAAGAGGGCAUAAAUGUGCAUUUGGCCAAAAAGAUGAUUGAAGACCGGAGCAGAGACUACAUGAACGCUAGGAGAGUCGCCAAGGAGUAUGAGACGGUGAUGAAGGGUUUGGACCGGAACGCCCCCUCGGUGCCGCCCCAGAACUCCCCACAGGAGGCCCAGCAGGUGGAGAUGUGGAAGAAAUACAUCCAGUGGGAGAAGAACAACCCACUGCGUACCGAAGAUCAGACCCUCAUCACCAAGAGAGUGAUGUUCGCCUAUGAGCAGUGCCUUCUGGUGCUCGGCCAUCACCCGGACGUCUGGUACGAAGCUGCACAGUACCUGGAACAGUCCAGCAAGCUGCUGGCAGAAAAAGGGGAUAUGAACAAUGCCAAGCUGUUCAGUGAUGAGGCCGCUAACAUCUACGAGCGUGCCAUAGGAACUCUGCUCAAGAAGAACAUGCUACUGUACUUCUCUUUUGCAGACUAUGAAGAGAGUCGCAUGAAGCACGAUAAAGUACAUAGUAUAUACAACCGCUUCCUGGCCAUAGAAGAUAUCGACCCUACUUUGGUCUAUAUCCAGUACAUGAAAUUUGCCAGAAGAGCUGAAGGCAUCAAGUCUGGUCGCUCCAUCUUUAAGAAGGCCAGAGAGGACCCUCGCACACGGCAUCAUGUGUACGUCACUGCUGCUCUUAUGGAAUAUUACUGCAGCAAGGACAAAUCGGUGGCCUUUAAGAUAUUUGAGCUUGGACUGAAGAAAUACGUUGACAUUCCUGAAUACAUUUUGGCGUACAUUGAUUACCUCUCUCACUUAAACGAGGACAACAACACCAGAGUCCUGUUUGAGAGAGUCCUGACGUCCGGCAGUCUUUCCCCUGAGAAAUCUGGGGAAAUCUGGGCACGCUUCUUGUCUUUUGAGAGCAACAUCGGGGACUUGGCCAGUAUCAUAAAGGUGGAGCGAAGGCGUUUCAUGGCCUUUAAAGACGAAUACGAGGGAAAGGAGACGGCUCUGCUGGUGGACAGAUACAAGUACAUGGAUUUAUAUCCCUGCUCCCCCUGCGAACUCAAAGCCCUCGGCUACAAGGACGUGUCUCGUGCCAAAUACGCAGCACUGAUGCCAGAGGCGGUGGUCACUCCUUCUACCCCUGCACUGAAGGACGAGGCUGACCGCAAACCUGAGUAUCCCAAACCUGACACCAGUCAGAUGAUCCCCUUCCAGCCACGUCAUCUGGCGCCUCCUGGUCUGCAUCCUGUUCCUGGAGGAGUGUUUCCUGUCCCUCCCACUGCUGUCUUCCUCAUGAAGCUGCUGCCUCCUCCCAGCUCUUUUACAGGGCCCUUUGUGCAGGUCGAUGAGCUGAUGGAGUCUCUCAGAAGAUGUGUAUUACCAGAGACGGUUGAUGCUGCUGUAGAGUUGAUCACUGGGAAGCAGUCGGAGAUGAGCAGCGAAGGAAACGGACCUGUGGAGAACCACGCUGUGGCUAACAAGUCCUUGAAGAGGCCUAACGCCGACUCAGACGAGGAGGAAGAUAAAGGAUCGAUCGCACCUCCCAUCCACGACAUCUACCGAGUGCGGCAGCAGAAGAGGAUCCGAUAAACACACACACACACACACACACACACACACACACCCCUGAACAACACAAAGACAAUGUGAGCUCUGCACGCCCACAGCGACAGGACAGAGACGUCCAUUUGUGUUUCAGAGAUCAGAAAUCAUCGCUAAUCUCCGUUUGGUUCAGCGUUUUUCAAAGUUUCUUUUUAACAGUUUUAUUUUUUAAAACUGGGUGGUUUAUACUGUAUAAAGUUUUUAUUCUCGUUUGCCUCUUAGUUCUGAACUUGCCAUGUGUGGUCGCUGAUGAUGGAAGAGUUGAAUCUCAUUUUGUAGUGAACUGAGGAUCACACACACGACUUGCUUCCAAUAAAAGAAAAUGGUAAAAGGG